AUGAUCUCGCAAAAUUCUUCUAAAAGUCGGAAAACUCCAAGCCUCUCUAAGAAGUUGCAGAUCCCGUCCAAAUGCUCGCCAGUGAUGUCUAGCUCGGAGUCUGUUGCAGUUGUUUGCAAAUACAUCACAAAAGGCUGGAAAGGGGUUCAGGAAGCGUAUGGUGAUAAAGAGAACUCCGAGGGUGUGCAGGAAGUUUUGGCGUAUCUGGAAGCUGUGGAGAAAGCCAAACUCUGCACUGAUGAACAGGAGCUCAUUCUUCUCAUCGAGGAGCAGAGGCUGGAGAAAGAGCAGCUCCUGACCAACCACCUCAAGUCCAAAGAGGUAUGGAAAGCGCUGCUGAAAGAGAUGCCCAUGGCUGUUUUAUUGAAGCAUUUGGGGAAGCUGACAGCAAACAAGCUUCUGGCAGCAGGAAGUGCGGAUGUUGCAGCUGUUUGUGAGAGGAUUCAGGAUGAGACAGCUCUGAAAAAGGCAAAAACACACCUGUUCAACAUUCUUUUGGCAUCUGAAAACUAUAAGAGAGGUCAUGGGAAGCGUAGCAAACUGAAAUGGGAGCCGGACAGAGACAUUGUUCAAGCCCUGGACUGCGCCUUCAGCAAAAGUAUUUCAAUUGUGGAGCCCACAGGCAAGCGGUUUCUGGUGGCAGUGGAUGUAAGUUCUUCUCUGAGCAGCGUGACUCAAGGCAGCUCCAUCAGCACUGUGGCAGUGGCAGCGGCGAUCUGUUUGGUGAUUGCACAGACGGAGCCAGACACACAGAUUGUGGUUUUCUCUGAAGGAAGCGUUCUUCCCUGUGCUGUCUCUUCUGAUAUGACAUUUAUGCAGGUAGCAGCACAGCUCAUCCAGACUCCUGGUGGCAGUACAGACUGUGCCUUACCCAUCACCUGGGCCUCAGAGAAUGAUAAAACUGUGGAUGUCUUCAUCAUUUUCACUAAUAAUCAAACGUUUGAGAGCGAAAAUCCAGCAGACACACUGAAGACGUAUAGACAAAAAAGCGGUGUAUUUUCCAAACUGAUUGUGUGCGGAUUGAUUGCCAAUUCCCUGUCCAUCGCUGACCCUGAAGACCGUGGCAUGCUGGACAUCUGCGGCUUUGACUCGCAAGCAGUUGAUGUCAUGCGUAACUUCGCACUCGAUGUCAUUUAAAAGCUGUUUGUUUGUAGCAUGCAGUCGGUUUUCUGAAAGGACAACGAGACACCGAUGCACCCCGCAUCAACAUCAGAAAAAAAUGUUUUUACAUUUUAAUUUGGAAAUCAUGUCGUUUGUUUUUGCAGUUUGGAAUCGAGUCCAAGUCUAAUUUAAUGUCCAGCAGGCUGGAUUAGUUGCAGUGAAUUCAGCAAAUUCA